AUGAGCUCAUUGGCGAUAUUGGACGAAGAAAUCGACAAUGGGAGCAAACCAGUAAAACACACAUAUCCAUCUGCCUCCAGAUUGGUUCCUGUACGGACACAUUCAAGCACCCUGUCUCAAGCACUGGACGCGGAAGCCAACAUCUCCAACUCACCUCCCCCGGAGCAAGUGAAUAUCGCCACAACCGAGAAAAUCGACGAUGACGACCCGGGGCCACCCCCAAAUGGCGGGUUCAAUGCUUGGCUUCAGGUUCUGGGGUCGUUCUUCCUGUUCUUCAACUGCUGGGGCACGGUGAACGCAUUCGGGGUGUUCCAGACAUACUACGAGCACAACCCGCUGUGGACGGAGACGCCCAGCAAUAUCUCGUGGAUCGGGUCGAUCCAAGCAUUUUUACUUCUACUCGUCGGUGUGAUAACGGGCCCAGCAUACGACGCAGGUUAUUUUCGAGCUCUGAUCAUAGCCGGCGCGGUGCUCACGCCCCUGGGCUUCAUGUUGACGUCGAUCGCCAAGGCAUACUGGCAGACUAUGCUUGCACAGGCGUUUGUGAUCGGGCUGGGCAAUGGGUGUCUGUUCAUCCCCAGCGUCGCUAUCCUGCCGCAGUACUUCUCCACCAAAAAGGCACUCGCCAACGGGCUCGCGGCAUCAGGCUCAAGCCUCGGCGGUGUCAUCUUCCCCAUAGUCUUCCGCCGUCUCGAACAGCAGCUGGGCUUUGGCUGGGCGACGCGUGUGCUCGGCUUCAUCUCACUCACCACUGUCUGGUUCGCCGUGCUGGUGAUGAAGCCGCGAGUCAUGCCCAAGCACAAACGCCACCUGACUGAUCUCGCGGCGUUCAAGGAGCUGCCAUACGUUCUGUUCUGCAUCGCAAUGGUGUUUGGCUUUAUCGGUUUCUACGGUCCAGUCUACUAUAUCCAACCAUACGCCAUCGGCAAGGGAAUAGCCCCCGAGAACCUGGGCUUCUACAUCCUGCCCAUCCUCAACGCAGCGAGCAUCCCAGGCCGAAUCGUCCCCAACUUCCUUGCAGACUACACCGGCCCACUAAAUAUCCUCAUCCCCUGCUCCAUGAUCACCGGCAUCCUCGCCCUGAUCUGGAUCGGAAUCAGCAACCUGGGGGGAACCAUCGUCUUCGCUCUUUUCUACGGAUUCUUCUCCGGCGGAUUCGUGUCCAUGCCGCCCGUCGCCGUCGUCACGCUGACGACUGACAUGCGAAAACUGGGCACCCGGAUGGGCCAGUGUUUCUUUUUGAGCUCAUUUGGCCUGUUGAUGGGGACUCCGGUCUCAGGAGCGAUUUUGAAAAACACCGGCUCGUGGCUUGGCGUACAGUUGUUCUCGGGGAUUACUAUCUUUAUCACUGGCCUGCUGCUGCUUUGGGCUAGAAUUGCCGCUGUUGGCUGGGAUUUCAAGAAGAGAGCUUGA